AUGCGACCACUGCUGCCUCGUCAAACCCCACCGCCGUCUCCGGCCAUGAAGUCAAGUUCACCGUCUCCAACCACCGUCGCUCGAAAAAGACUCAAAACACGGAGCGAAGAGGCAUUGAAUCCGAGUUUCGCUGACCUUCCAUCAAGUCUUUUGGAAGACAUAAUGUCUCGACUUGAGUUAAAAGAAAACAUCAGAGCAUCUACUGCAUGCAAGCCUUGGCUUGAAGCUGGUGUAGCUGUUCGUGUGGUGGAACAACAUCCUUGGCUUAUGUGUUUUCCUAAACGUGGCAACUCCUUUCAAUUCCGUGAUCCAUUGAAAUGGAAGCCCUACACUUUGGAACUGCCAGAGCUAGCCGACUCCACUGUGCGUGACUCAAGAUAUGGUUGGUUACUUAUGCAGAGAUCUAGAAAAGACGAGAUGUUCUUCUUCAACCCGUUCUCUCGAGAGCUCAUAAGCUUGCCUAAGCUUGAGCUGCGUUUUCGGGAUAUUGCAUUCUCUGGUCCUCCAACAUCGGAUAACUGUGUUGUGAUAGCGUUAAACUUUGCUAGGAAAUAUUAUGUCACUAUCAGCACUUCCCAUCCUGGAGCAACUGAGUGGAUUACUACAGAGAACAUCCCUACUGGUAAUCAGCUGUUUACUAUGUAUAACAAGAUUGUCUAUCUCAAUGAGCGAUUCUAUUGCUAUAAUGCUGGAGGAGCUGACUUAUAUUCCUUUCACCCAUCUUCCCGCACAUGGAGUUAUCAUGGUUAUAAAGAUGUGGGUCUUGAUUGUAAUCAGGAUAAUAAAGCAGCAUUUUUGGCAGAGAGGAAUGGUGAGCUUUUUCUCAUGGUUACAAGCGGAAAUGAGAAGCCAGUGGUCUAUAAACUAGUCUCUUUGCAAUGGGAGGAGAUGAGUGAUGCUGAGCUUCUUGAUAGCUUGACGUUCUUUGUCAGUUUUUAUAACUCUGAGGUGAGAAAGAAUCUCCCACAAAUGAGGAACAAUGUUUGUUUCUCAAGGUUUGGUUACAAUCGCAAGCGUUGUGUGACCUAUUCGUUUGAUGAAAGCAGUUACAAUCCGUCUAAGGAAUGGGGGAGCUGGGUUGAACUAUGUCCUCCUCGAAGCAUCUGGAUAGAUGCCCCGAAGAACGUUUUAAACUAUUUUUGA